AAAUUUCCCCGACGCGCUCCGGAACGUGUGGAAUCUCACCACCGCCCCCGUCCUAUUUCAAACUCGUGAAGGUCACCUACCACUUGAAGAAACCUUCACAAAUUCACAAAUCACAAACCUCUCAAUUCUCUAAGCGUUUCGGGAAAAUUCGGACAUCGAGCAUGGAAUCGCCGAAACCUCCUAUCCGGUUCACGCUGGGAAAGCAGUCGUCGAUGGCGCCGGACCGGUUCAAGGAGGAGCCAUUGACCGACGGCGAUGACGUGGCGGAGGGGAUCGAUCCAGGGGUGCGCUUGAUGUACCUUGCCCAUGGAGGCGACGUGGAGGGGAUCAGAGAGCUCCUGGACUCUGGCGUCAACGUCAACUUCAAGGACAUUGACGGUCGCACGGCCCUUCACGUGGCCGCCUGCCAGGGCCUGACCGACGUCGUUUCGCUCUUGCUCGACCGCGGCGCCGAGGUCGACCUCAAGGACCGCUGGGGGAGCACCGCCCUCGCGGAUGCUAUAUAUUACAAGAACCACGACUUGAUCAAGCUUUUGGAGAAACACGGCGCGAAGCCUCUGAUGGCUCCAAUGCACGUUACACAUGCUCGUGAAGUCCCGGAAUACGAAAUUGAUCCAAAAGAGUUUGAUUUUACAAACAGUGUCGAAAUAACGAAGGGAACGUUCCAUAGAGCGUCGUGGCGUGGGAUAGAGGUAGCUGUGAAGAGGCUUGGGGACGAAGUGAUUAGUGAUGAGGAUAAAGUGAGGGCAUUCAGGGAUGAGCUUGCAUUGCUUCAGAGGAUACGACAUCCAAAUGUAGUCCAGUUUCUGGGUGCUGUGACUCAAAGUAGUCCGAUGAUGAUUGUGACAGAAUAUCUUCCCAAGGGAGAUCUUUCUGCAUUCUUGAAAAGAAAAGGAGCACUAAAGGCACAAACAGCUGUGAAAUUUGCACUUGAUAUUGCAAGGGGAAUGAAUUAUUUGCAUGAGAAUAAGCCAGAACCGAUAAUUCAUCGUGAUCUUGAACCUUCAAAUAUAUUGCGGGAUGAUUCUGGGCACUUGAAAGUUGCAGACUUUGGAGUUAGCAAGUUGCUGACGGUUAAAGAAGAUAGGCCUCUUACCUGUCAAGACACUUCUUGCCGAUAUGUGGCUCCAGAGGUUUUCAGCAACAAAGAAUAUGAUACCAAAGUUGAUGUUUUCUCAUUUGCUUUAAUUCUGCAAGAGAUGAUUGAAGGCCAUCAACCAUUUCAGACACAGCAAGAAAAGGAAAUUACUAAAGCAUAUGCUGCAAAAGAGCGUCCCCCUUUUAGAGCUCCAGCAAAGCGUUAUGCACAUGGACUUAGAGAGUUGAUUGAGGAGUGCUGGAGUGAGAAGCCAGCUAAAAGACCAACAUUUCGGCAAAUAAUAAGAAGGCUGGAGUCCAUUCACAACAGCUUUGGCCAUACAAGGCAUUGGAAGGUUGCACCGUUGAGAUGCUUUCAGAACCUGGAGGCCAUGUUGAAGAAAGAAAAUUCCGAUCUAAGCAGCCGUGGCCAUUCAUCUCAGUCUAGCACCAGCAGCCCAUAAAUAAUUUGUGCUCUCUUUAGCUUAAGAUGUGAAGAAGCAUUUUCCCUGUUUGGUGGCAAAACGAUUUAUUUUUUAUUUGGGAGAAUCAUUUUCUUGUCUGUGUAAUCCCACUAACAGUACCUGAAUCUGAAGCUGACUUUCCCAUUGAAUUUGUGGGCUUAGAAUCACAUUCAUAUUCCAUGUAUUUGAUUUGAUGAUGUUGAGGCUGUUCAUGUACAUUGUAUAUGUAAUCAAAGCUUUAAUGAAUUUUAUUGGGCAAGUCCACUCAUGAGAGGGAAUUUUUAUUUU